AUGAAGUUCCUGCUUAUAUCAAUAUGGGCAAUUACAGCUUGGGCGCAAAACAAUGCGUUAUUUUGCAAGCCCCAGGUGGGUCUCCCGCUCUCCCAGCCGUACCCGCCGGCGUACUUCCAGACCCUACGGCUGCCCGCCUGCUCCCAGUACACCUGCAGCUGCUGCAACCUAACACACGCGCUGGCCAUACACCGUGCACUGUCGGCUGCUCGCGAGGACCCCACCUUCAGCCGGACCUGCCUCUCCUGGCAUACACGCAUGUCCUGCCGCGUGUGUGAUCCGGAGGUUGGGGUGGGAAUCAAGCCCACGGUGUGCCGGGGUGUCUGCGACCAGUGGUGGUCUGCGUGUCGGGACGAGUACUUCACCUUCGAGUCGACUUCCCUGUCGGCAUUCGAUCCGCAGCUGUUGCCCUGUGCCGCACCAACAGCCAGGCAGGAAGCGGCGGCGGCGGUGGCGGCGGCAGGCGCUGCCGCUGCGGCAGCGGUAGCAGCGGCGGCGGGACCGUUGCUGUGCUCGCGGCUGCGUGACGUGGUGCAGGACGGGGAGGGGUUGUGUCGGGAGGCAGGGUAUGAGGUAGCGGCGGCCGGGGAGACCAGCUGUUUCGACGGCAGCGCCUCCUAUAGCACCGAUUUCUGUGUCCGGCCGCCACCAUCGCAGCCGUCGGCGUCGCAGCAGGGCCGUCGGCGCAGGCAGCAGCGGAGAGGUGCCGGGGCGGGUGGGACAGAGGAGGAGGAAGGAGAGGAGCCCUUAAGCCCGGCAGUGUAUUUUGUGGCGGCGGUAGUGAUACUGAGUUUGGCUUGGCUGGGGUACACAACAAAGCUAGGUGUCAAGGCGAGCGAGGAGGCGGUCAUGCAGAAACUUCAUUAUCGUCAGUUACAACGAAGAGACUGA